CCCCCCGCUGCCGCCUCCCGACCCGGCGGCGCCCCCUCUCGCGCCAGCAUCCUCUCGCAAGCAACCUCCCUCUCCGGCUCCAGCGACGCCUCGCCACGAUGAGCACCGAAGGGAAUCUCGACCUGGACGCGACGACGAGUACCCUAGGUCCGGAGGAUGACACGGCGCAGGGCCUCAUCUUGCCCAACAAGGACAGGGUCAUGUACCGGCCGCCGCCCGGAAAGUCUGCCCUAGGUUUGGAUCUCCUCGCUCACAGGAAGCGUGAAAAGGAUGCCAACAAUGCAUUCAAGCCACCUCCUCAGAAGGUAGUGGCGGCAGCUUCUUCUAUGGAUGAAGAUGAGAAGCCGGGAUCUACGGAAAACGAUGCGAGCAGCCUGUCUGGUGGCGACCGUGGUACCGUGUCUCGCCGCUACCGAGGAACCAAUUCCAGUGAGAAAACGUCGUCCAAAGAAUCUACAAUCACUGAUGAGAACGGAAGGGGCUCUACACCCAGGCAUCGAGAUGAGUCCCAUCGGCAACAGAGCCACAGCUCUAGAUACGAUUCCCACGACGACAGAGGAUCCCGUGACACGCGUGGUGAGCGCGAGACAUCUGCAUCUAUUGGCUAUAGUAGCAGCGGAAAGCGAGGAUACCGCGAUGACAGGGAAUCAAAUAGUAGGCGCAAUGAACGGGACAGAUCUACAUCCGUUGACUACACAAACAAAAGAAGUCGGGAUGACUAUAGCUCCAGAAGCUCAAGAACACCUGCAAGAUCUGAUUGGGAUAGUGGCAGAUGGGAGUGGGAAGAUACACCUCGUCGGGACUACCGUGAUGAUCGUCCUGGCUCGCAGAGAUAUCACCCAACGCGAUCUCCUAUGCUGGCUGCUGCAUCCCCUGAUGCACGUUUGGUGUCUCCUUGGCUAGGCGGGAAUACACCCCAUUCUACAGCAUCCCCUUGGGAUCAUAUUUCUCCCUCGCCUACUCCUGUACGGGCUUCGGGUUCAUCAAAAGGCUCUUCUUAUUCAAGUUCUAGUGGAAAAUCUCACCAGCUUACCUUCUCAAAUGAUGCUGAAGCUGAUAGAAGCCCCUCAGCUGCUGAUAGGAAUUAUGAGAUUACGGAGGAAAUGAUGCAAGAGAUGGAUUAUAACGCUGACCGUGCAUGGUAUGAUUGUGAAGAAAACAACGCCGUGUUCGAUGGUGAUAAUUAUGUUGCAGAUGAUAGUUCCUACAAAAAGAAGGAAGCACAGUUACCCAAAAAACUGACACGUAGAGAUGGUAGUCUGAUGACCCUCUCUCAGAGCAAGAAAUUAUCCCAGAUGACUGCUGAUAAUGCUCAGUGGGAGGACAGACAAUUGUUGAGAUCUGGAGCUGUUAGAGGGACGGAGGUGCAGACAGAAUUUGAUGAUGAGGAUGAGCGUAAAGUAAUGCUUCUUGUUCAUGAUACCAAACCUCCGUUCCUGGAUGGGCGAGUUGUAUACACAAAACAAGCAGAGCCUGUAAUGCCACUGAAGGAUCCAACAUCUGAUAUGGCUAUCAUUGCACGAAAAGGUUCUGUUUUGGUUCGGGAAAUUCGUGAAAAGCAGAGCCAAAACAAGUCACGGCAGCGUUUCUGGGAGCUUGCUGGAUCUAGUCUUGGAAAUAUAUUGGGUGUUGAGAAAACGUCUGAACAGGUUGAUGCAGACACUGCAGUUGUUGGUGAUCAAGGUGAAAUUGAUUUCAAGGAGGAAGCAAAGUUUUCACAACACUUGAAGGAAAAAGCAGAAGCUGUCAGUGAUUUUGCAAAAUCUAAAUCUCUUGCUCAACAGAGACAAUAUCUUCCCAUAUACACUGUCCGAGAUGACCUGCUACAGGUUGUGCGUGAAAAUCAAGUAGUUGUGGUCGUUGGCGAAACUGGCUCUGGGAAGACUACUCAACUUACUCAGUAUCUGCAUGAGGAUGGAUAUACCACAACUGGUGUUGUUGGAUGUACCCAACCGAGACGUGUUGCUGCCAUGAGUGUUGCCAAGAGGGUUAGUGAAGAAAUGGAAACUGAACUUGGUGAUAAAGUCGGAUACGCUAUUCGAUUUGAGGAUGUCACUUCUGCUAAAACUGUAAUAAAGUAUAUGACAGAUGGAGUGCUCCUCCGUGAAACUUUGAAAGAUGCCGACCUUGACAAAUAUCGUGUCAUCGUCAUGGAUGAAGCACACGAAAGGUCCCUCAAUACUGAUGUUUUGUUUGGUAUAUUGAAGAAGGUUGUUGCACGUCGAAGGGAUUUUAAACUAAUUGUCACAUCUGCAACCCUAAAUGCAGACAAAUUCUCAAAAUUCUUUGGAGGUGUACCUGUAUUUAACAUUCCAGGCAGGACAUUUCCAGUUAAUAUCUUGUUCAGCAAAUCACCUUGUGAAGAUUAUGUGGAAGCAGCCGUGAAGCAGGCCAUGACAAUCCACAUAACGAGUGGCCCUGGCGACAUCCUCAUCUUUAUGACAGGGCAGGAAGAAAUCGAGACUACCUGCUAUGCUCUUGCUGAGCGCAUGGAGCAGCUAAUAUCAUCGUCCACCAAAACUGUACCAAAGCUUUCCAUCUUGCCAAUCUACUCGCAGUUGCCAGCUGACUUGCAGGCCAAGAUCUUUCAGAAGGCAGAAGAGGGCACUCGUAAAUGCAUUGUUGCUACCAAUAUUGCUGAGACAUCCCUCACAGUAGAUGGUAUCUUCUAUGUCAUUGAUAGCGGGUACGGAAAGAUGAAGGUCUACAAUCCACGGAUGGGCAUGGAUGCUCUUCAGGUUUUUCCGUGUAGUCGAGCAGCUGCAGACCAGCGUGCAGGACGUGCAGGAAGAACUGGUCCAGGCACAUGCUACAGACUGUUCACAGAGUCAGCUUACCAGAAUGAGAUGCUCCCUAACCCUGUGCCAGAGAUUCAAAGGACUAACCUGGGCAAUGUGGUUCUGUUACUGAAAUCCCUCAAAGUCGAAAACUUGCUUGAUUUUGACUUUAUGGACCCACCCCCACAGGAGAAUAUCCUCAACUCCAUGUACCAGCUCUGGGUAUUGGGCGCCUUGAACAAUGUUGGUGGCCUUACUGAAAUAGGUUGGAAGAUGGUGGAGUUCCCAUUGGACCCGACUCUAGCAAAGAUGCUUCUCAUGGGGGAGCAGUUGAAGUGCCUUGAUGAAGUAUUAACCAUCGUAUCCAUGCUCUCAGUGCCCUCAGUUUUCUUCAGGCCAAAAGAUCGAGCAGAGGAGAGCGAUGCUGCUAGGGAGAAGUUCUUUGUCCCGGAGUCAGACCACCUAACACUCCUUAAUGUAUACCUGCAAUGGAAGUCAAACCAAUAUCGAGGAGACUGGUGCAAUGACCAUUUCCUCCAUGUCAAGGGUCUCCGUAAGGCUCGGGAAGUGAGAUCUCAAUUGCUAGACAUACUGAAAGCCCUGAAGAUCCCACUGACAUCAUGCCAUAUGGAAUGGGACGUGGUGAGGAAAGCUAUCUGCUCUGCGUACUUCCAUAACUCGGCAAGAUUGAAGGGCAUCGGAGAGUAUGUCAACUGCCGGAAUGGGAUGCCAUGCCACCUGCACCCGAGCAGUGCGCUCUACGGUCUCGGCUACACCCCUGACUAUGUCGUCUACCAUGAGCUUGUCCUGACGACCAAGGAGUAUAUGCAGUGUGUUAGCGCAGUCGACCCGCAAUGGCUAGCGGAGCUGGGCCCUAUGUUUUUCUCUGUGAAGGACACCGACACCUCCCUGCUUGACCACAAGAAGAGGCAGAAGGAGGAGAAGACGAACAUGGAAGAGGAGAUGGAGAAGCUGAGGCAGAAACAAGCUGAGGAUGCAAGCAUAGAGAAGGAGAGGGAGCAACGGAAGAGAGCCAAGCAGCAGCAGCAAGUUUCUAUGCCAGGCCUAAAGAAAGGUUCGACGUAUCUGAGGCCCAAGAGGAUGGGUUUGUAGAUAACAAGCUUGAGGAAACUUUUGCAGUGUAUUGUGUUAUUUGUAGGCCGAGGGAAAUUGUACAAUAGCUAUGUUGCUGAUUCACUAGCUAAUGUAGUAUCAAGUCUGCACUCUGCAGCACCGCAGAUGAAUGAAUGUAACAUAUGUAACAUUUACAACGCUUGAGAGAAAAAUAGCAGAUACAUGUCACGAGGGCAAAACAUUCUAGUGGUGCUUAUUUUUUUUAUGUAUAUUGUUGUCUAAUAAUGUCUAA